AAAACUAAUUCUGAGCUUCUUCUUACAGAUAUGGCAGAAAGUUGUGGCAGGCCAGUGAGGGGAUAUUCUUCAGUCUCUAGCAACAACAAUGAAGGCAGAGUUCUACCUCCAGUAUUAAUUAGUACCUCUUAAAAUCUGGCAGUAUUAAAUAACCAAUCUUCACAAGCUCUUGCCAAGUAUUAACGCACAUAAAAUGGAAGUUGACAGUAUUAGAAUAUGGUGGUAGCCUGUAUUGUGUCAUAGGAGUGUUAGUAGAAGAGUACUGUGGAGGUAGUGCAGUGAUGGAGCGUCAAGUGCAGUGACUCCUUCAAUCUCUCAGCUUCAAAAGGAAACAUCAACAUCAAGUAUCAGUGAUAUCUAUAAAGACAGGGCCUCCGACCAUGGUUGUAGAUGUGUGUCGUUGGUAUGAAACAGGACUCCACGGGUCAGGUCACAUGUGACAUGACAAGCCACAACUCACCAGCUUACAACACCAGCAAAUCGAUGUUGAAAAAGCUAUUUGUCUGUGUUUCAAAACAUUGAUACAAUAUUUUGUUAAGGAAUAUAUCAGUGGAAAUUCAGUCACUGGCCCCUCAAAGUCACAAGUUAUAGGGUCACUUAUGAGGCACUACUUUCCCACUGUCUACCACUGUGUUGGCCUUGUCAACCUCAUAAUAUUAGUGAAUUCUAUAUUCACAUUUCCAACAAGAUUCUGACCUGUUCCUUAACAGAACUACCUUUCGCUCAUGAUCUUGACACAUCUUGUAAAUGUUUAACAUUACGAAAGAAAUGUAAUUUUUUUGUGUUCUAUCGCAAGGCAGUCGUAGUACGAUAAUCAGUAGCUAUGCAUCCUGGUGGGAACAGUCGUAACUUUCCAAAGAGGUAGGCCGGCCCAGGAAAGAAUGGCAGAGAUUAUCAGGAGGCCGUAAGUGGCGGCGGCCGCCAGCACUGACAGGUGGCGCUCAGUGAGAGUCGCCAAAUAUACCCAGGGCCCGUCACCAGUGGCAGCUGAGGAGCAAGCAGGGCGCCACCUUCUUCUAACUUAAUAUUGUUGUCAGUUAGGCUGGCACAGCUUCAGGUGUCGCAUACCGCCACGUGGUCAGACCAGCGUCAGCAAGUUAGUAGUGGUGUCCACAGUGUAGGGAGAGAGCACGGGGGUCCGCCACAGAGCGACUGUGGCUUCCGCCCGGUCUGCCACCGCUGCUGCCUCCGCCUGGGGCGGCCAGCGUCUGGCCUCGCAUGGCCGCGGUAAUGUUCCUACGCAAGGCAAUGCGUUACUACCGACUGUGGAUCUACACGUGCAAUGCCGUCCUGCUCGUGUCAGUGUUCGUUUUCAUGGGCGUUGCCUUAGGUGUUGCAUCACAUCCCUAUCUGUCACUAGUGCAAGCAAUUCCUGCCUACCACCCUACUUUACUAUAUGGUUAUGUGGCGCUACUGCUUCAGGCAGGAGUCUUGCAGGCACUAGGAUGUGUGGGAGCACUAAGACUCUCGCAAAGACUACUCAACAUCUACUGGCUUCUUCUGCUUUUCCUGCUGUUGGGGGAUGUUGUUGUGGGGCUGGUGUGGCUCUACCGUUUCUCCCACCUGACAGACGGUCUGCGACCUUACGCCCGGGCCACUCUGCUCAAGCACUACGGCAGAGACUCUGACAUAACCGAGGCGUGGGAUGCUCUCCAGAGAUCCGCUAAAUGUUGUGGCGUGGCGGGUCCUCGAGAUUACAACACCACCUGGUGGGACACCCGUCAGACACAUGGCUACAUCAAACUACCAGCGUCUUGCUGCAUCAAGAACGACAGCGAGGGAGCAAUGCCAAGCAGUCGCCAACUUAACUACCCCCAGGCGGACCAAGUGCCACGACACGUGGUUACCUACCAGCGCGGGAAACCCAACGUAGACAAUUCGAAACACCAUGUGCGUCCAGAAAACCAGGCAGGGCGAGCGUAUGAGCGUAACUUAACGUGUGGAGGUGGUGAUGACUACCAUGGCAAGGGCUGUGCUGCGCACCUCGAGAAGUGGUGCUUAAUUCAGCAGAAAACACUCAUGAUACUCGGAUUCUGUGUCAUAGCAUUUAUUAAGUUAUGUUUUGUAGGUAUUUUACGCUUUGAGAUACAAGAAAUGAUUCAGAAGAUAAAAGUAUUACAAGGAGAUAAUCCAUGUGUGCCGAAUCCCGAAAUUGCGGCGGCCUUAGGCUUGAUGUCACCGGAGAAACCAGCAGAGUGCGGCGGCCUCUUGAGUUCUGGAGGUGGCGAUGGUAACGGCACUGGCGGUGAAGAAGGCCAGGGAGGCGAUGGUCAAUGUGAUACGGAGUCUGCUGCUGCCACGCCCCUCACACAGCCUCGCCUUAACCAUCUCUCCAGCCACACUGAUGGUGCAGAAUCCGACACCAACUCCCACUGUGCGCUCAUCACGGAUACGCCCGUACGCCGACCACAGCCAGACAAGCGCAAGCCUAACGGCAAUAACAACGAUGUUACAGAACUGCACGAACUUCGACAUGUCCGUCAGACACAAAUAUGAUCAUGACCUGAAACCAGCCUGACUGUGAACAUAUCGUUUAAGGUCGUUACUGCAGCUUAGGUCAGCCCAAAGUGACCUAGGUGAGAACCAGACUCAGCUAGUGUAGAAUACUUGUU